UAUCCGACAAAAUUGAGUGUAUCCGGAUCUGUAUCCGACGGAUCCUUAGUUUUAAUAUCCGGAUUCGGAUCAGUUUAUUCGGAUAUCUAGUUUUCGGAGAUCCGUUAAAAAAUCGGAUAUUCGUCGGGUAUCCAAAUCCGAGAGACAAAAAAAUAAACGCGAUUUCUUCUUCUCUUCGUCUCUUUCAUUCUUUUCAGUAGAAGCACCAUCACACCGUUUCUACGCGACUUGCGUUUGGAUCUAGAUAUGCUUAACGGAGCUGUCACCAUCAAAAACCAAAUCAUACAACAGCGUAACGAGAACGCCGUAACCAGAACGCACUCAUAAUGGCGGUGGAAACGGCUGGCCAUCAAAGAAAGUCACACCAACUAUUUUCGUCUGGAAUUGUUACAGUAAAUCCGGAGCUGCACGUGUAAGGUCGAGAUAAGAAUCAGAAGAGAGGCACAUGCUAGAUAUGAGCUAAGAGAAGUGACGGUUUAAGGAUGUCAACGUCACGGAAGGAAUAAGUUCGCGUUAACGGUGUUUGUCAGAGCUAAGCAAAUCCUUGGAAACGAUGGUUGGAACACGUUCACAUAUAAACAGGCUGGACAACGAGGGAGAGGGUGUUACCAUGGAAGAAGAAAAAAAAGUGACACCGGUGGAAACCAAAAAUUUGCUAGAUCGUACGCAAGCCCUUGAGUAUGCGAUCGCGAAUCAGAAUCGUAAGUUGGAUCGGAACAUCGCAGAGAUGUUUCAGAUGAUCAAGAUCAUAUCUGGUCAAAAGGCUUCUCAGAGUUCUAAGCAACUUGAAGAACAAAGCCCUUUGAUGGAUUCAGCGGCUCCGGAAUCAGGUGGGGUUAGCUAUGAGCAUUCGAGGGGUAGAGGAUCUACGGGUCCAGGUCAGUACUCUGGGGUUACUCGGCUGGGAAAAGUGGAUUUUCGAAGGUUUGAUGGUGAGCGAUGUUCAGCUUGGAUCAGUACUGAUGUGAGCACGGGACCGGAGACGCGGCCAGGAACACUCGCACCAGACCAGGACACCAGCGGAGUACUUGUAUCACCCUUGGGAAAACUUGGAGCCAACAUGCCUAGGAUCAUCCCGAUGCAACCACUCGGAGGAAGAGCUCAUCCUGGACUUCAAGACACAAUAUCAACCACUUCGUCCAAGAAGUCCAAGAGAUCGACUCGGCCAAGGCAACCAUUGGCUAGACCAUCCGUACGGCCUUUGUCCUUACCCAAGGAUGAGGGUGCCAAAGACGUUAGGAUCAUGACUCGUACUCUUUUUCCUUACUUCGGGUUUGUCCCAUAAGGUUUACCGGAGAAGGUUUUAAUGAGGGGACGAGUCCUAACGCACAACGCCGCGUUUAACCCAAGGAUACGUGCAACGCCGCGUUUAACGUCAGUGAUGUGUCAUCCGCACUCAACCUAAGGACGCGACCUUUCUUUUCUGUCCUUUAUCUUUAAACUUUGCGUUUUGAACUUUUCUAGAUUCUUCCCUUGUGAACGUUGGAAUAGUGUGACGUAUGUGGCCUUGUUUAAACCACAUAGAGGGUGAUGUGUUCACCGUCUAUGAAGACACGUCAAGGGCAAACGUGUGCGCACCAUAGCGAGUCCGCAUGUCCCUAGUCCCCUAUAAACCCUUACACUAUUUAAGCUCCCAACGCCACUAGCUUAGACUCUUUACACUUGAAUGAAAUCAUAAAUUUUCCAAAGAGUGAAUCUUUGCUUCUUGUCUCAACUCUCUUUCUCACAACUUAGUCCGGGACUGGGCUUGAAAGAAAACCUAGAAGGACCGAUAUGAGAUCUCUCUUCUUCUAGUCGGCGUACGACACUUCCCAUCGCUCGUGUACAUCGCCGAUUCAAUCCAUACCGCCUCUAUCACACGACGUUUGAUUUCAAUCAUUAGUUGUGUUUCACUUUGCCCCAUUUUUCUCUAGGGAACCAAGGUCGAGUUUCUUACUUGGUUUGCUAGCCGCUUCAGUUCCCAUCGAUCUUUCCAUCCGCUAUCUCUUCCAUUCAUACGUCAUCCGCAACCGGAGAUCCGCGUCUGACCAUACGCAACGACCGUGCGACCAUCCGCAUCGACUUCCCGUCUGCAGCGUCCGUCCGUCUGUCAUGACCAUCCAUCUGUAUGCCUCUGUAACGACUGUGACCUAGGUUCACAUCAGCUGGUAUCAGAGCCAAACUGUUCUAACUAAAGGUUGUAUCUUUCUGAAACUCUAGAUCGUUUAUCCCUUCGUUUGUCCGUCCUGUUUCUUUGUUUGUUCAUCAUUCUUCUUGCCUAGGACUUGUUAGAUCCAUAAAGUAGAGUGUUUUGUUUCCAGUUCUUGUUGUGGUCCCAAAAGUUUUUAUUUUUUGUGCGUGUGUUUGUUUUUAGGUGCGUGUAGUUGCUUUUUGUUAGUCAGAGGUUGUAUGAUUGCUUCGUUGUCUUAUAAAUCAUUGAUUGUCCAAAUAAUAUCUUAUCCGCCAACUUUGGACGUGUUAUACUCACGAAUAUUCGUUUUGUUUGAACGAGGUACAUGACGCACUCGACCAACACAUCGCGGACAGACCAAGUCCACGUCAGCCGUUCAAGAUUUCCGUCCGUACCACAGAUGCUAUGGACGCACAACAACCAUCGGAGACCCGUUACCACCGCCGGAGAUUGGUGCCACCUUAACGGCCCUUCGCAACGACAUAGAAAAUCUAGCCGAGCGAUUGGGCCGACUUGAACUCGCCAGCCCUCCUAGAGAAGAUCCGCCGCCCGUACGAUGGCAAAGACAAGAACCGGCAUAUGUGACCAGUCCAACGACGAGUAUGAGUCACAUCCGAGGCAACGUUACCAUUGCGAUGAUCGGUACAAAGAAUCUCCAUGUCCGACCGAACCAGGACACAAGAUGUCAGCUCCGAUUUUUGCCGGCAAAUCCGACCCCGAGGCAUACCUCGACUAGGAGAGCCGGAUGGACCACAUCUAUUCUUGCUACAAACACUCGGAAGUACGCAAGAUUUCUUAUGUCAUGGCACAACUUACCGACUAUGCACUCACAUGGCGGGACCGCCUAGUUGCUGAACAGCGUCGAAACCAUGACCGACCUCUUGUUACUUGGGAAGCCAUGAAAUCUGUUAUGAGACGUCGCUACGUCCCACCACUCUAUCAUCGCGAGCUCUAAAAGAAAUUUAGGAGACUCACCCAAGGCACGCGGUCCGUUGAGGAAAACUACAAGGGGUUCGAGCACCUAAGCAACCGGCUCCAAGUAGAGGAUACCGAGGAGUCCCUCAUGGCUCAGUGUCUCGAUGGUCUACAAGAUCGGAUUGCACGCAAGGUCUAGCGCCAACGAUACCAAAGAUUUGAAGAACUAUUGCAUCAUUCACUACAAAUAGAGACCCAAAUCAAGUAGAAGCUCGCAGUCGUAAGCCGGACCCGAACCCAAGGUGUUCCUAACUGGUCACCAAACGCAUCGCCAUCCAACCGACCACAAGAGAAGUCUAAAGUGGCCAUCGUCGACUCACGUUUCAAGCCCAAGGAAACAACCAAGGACAGCUGACAAGAUCCUCGCAAGACGACCAACGACGUGCGGAGCUGGGACAUCAUUUGCUAUAAAUGCCAAGAUCGAGGCCAUUAUGCCCACGACUGUCCCAUGAUCAUAACCGAGUCCGGAGAACUCGAAUCCAAAGGAGAAAUGGACGAGGGACAUGACCAAGACGUAGCGAACAUGGAGGAGGCCAUAGCCAAACCUGACUUUGGGGAACUUCUGAUGAUCCGACGCAUCCUCAAUACUAGUCAAGAGCCGGAUGACUCCAACCAGUGCGACAACAUCUUUCACACGCGAUGCACGGUGAGCGGGAAGGUGUGUGGCUUGAUCAUUGACGGAGGCUCUUGCAUGAAUGUAGCGAGCUCCUACAUGGUCAAGAAACUUUCUUUGCCAACCGCAUGCCAUCCCAAGCCCUAUAAGCUUAAGUGGUUGGACGAUAAUACCGUGAUACGCGUGAAGGACCAAGUCCUCGUCCCUUUUAGUGUUGGACCGUACAAGGACCAAGUCCUAUGUGAUGUAGUACCGAUGCAAGA